AUGAUCGAGCAGACCGUGGCGACGCGCUUCCACGCGCUGGCCUCGCAGCUGCAGGCGCAGACCGACGCCGCGCAUCUCGCCGAGCUCCGCUCCCAGAUCGACUCGCUCCAGUCCCAGCUCCAGCAAUCCGCCAUCGAGGAAGGCCUGCGCCUCGCCCAGCUCCUGCAAGAGCAGCGCGCCGAGUUCGACCUCGCGGUCCUCUUCCCUCUCGCCGAGCACUCCGCCCAGCUGCGCAGCCGCGUCGAAGCCGAGCUGCGCGCCCAGAAGGACGAGGCCAUCGCCGCCGCCACCGAGCGAUUCGAGACGAAGUUCGGCGAGGCGAAGGCCAAGCUGCACGACCUCUACAUGCGCACGCGGAAGGAGUACGAGUACGAGGCCUCGAUGGACGAGUGGGACCAGCUGCAGCGCCACCAGCAGGAGGUCGAGCAGAAGUGGAGACGGACGCUCGAGGAUCGCAUCCAGGCCAUCGUGGAGAAGGCCGCCAGCGAGCGAGCCGAGCGGCUGCAGGAAGAGACCGAGCUGCACAAGAAGACGGAGAUGGUGCGGCUGCAGCUGCAGGCGCAGGGCGUUUUGAUCGACGAGCUGGAGCGUUAUCACGAAUUCCAAAAACACGCCAUUCUGUUGCAGGAGGAUGCCUUGAAAAGCAGGUCGCUCGAGAAGGAGGUCGAGAUCUUGAAGUCGCUCAGCGGAGAUGAUCCGAUUUUGAUCCACUUGCUCGGCAAUCUUCCUUCCUCCAUCGUUGAGAACGGACUUCCUUCCACGAUGCAUUAUUAUGAAAAGUUCAUUUUUUCGCCCUCUCUCGAAUGCAGAUUCAGCGAAGUGAAACACGAGGCCGGCGUUCUCGCCAAGACGAACUCUCUCGUCGGUAUGGCCGGACAGCUUCUCAGCCGCGUUGUCGUUUCUGUGGUUGGAACGCAAGGACUCAAUGAAGAUGAUCCUCUCUUCAAGCUCGAAAAGGCUGAUCAAUAUUUGUUAGAGUGCGUUCCACUGUCAUUUUUGAGUUUUUAA